AUGUAUGCUAUACUCUGUCCCCUCCGCAUCGCCGUGCUCCUCUUCCCGGCCUUCACGGCCCUCGACGUCUUCGGUCCCCUCGGCGUCCUCAACGUCCUCGCCCUCAACCACUCCAUGACCCUCUCCCUCCUCUCCACCAACAUGAACCCCAUCAGCAUCGACCGCAACAUCAUCGACGGCGUCUACGAGGGGAACCCCGACCGCGAAUCCCACUACUUCACCCAGUACGUCCUGCCCACCCACACCCUCGACGACGCCCCCGAGGCCGACGUCAUCAUCGUCCCCGGCGGCGGCGGCACCCGCAACAUCAGCGCCACGCAGCCCCACGUCGACUGGCUCAAGACCCAGGUCAACGACCCCGCCCUCUCCUACAUGAUGACCGUGUGCACCGGCGCCUCGUUGCUCGCGCGCACGGGCGAGAUCGCCGGACGCAACGCCACCACCAACAAGGCCGCCUUCAACUGGGUCAAGUCGGUGGAGUACGCCGACGAGGUCAACUGGAUCCCCAAGGCGCGCUGGGUCGUCGACGGCCACGUGUGGACUAGCUCGGGGGUGAGCGCCGGCACGGAUAUGACGCUGGGGUGGGUUGAGCACAUGUAUGGAAAGGAAGAGAAGGAGCGCAUCAGGAUCGGGAUGGAAUGGAAUGCUUUGGAGCAGGAGGAUGAUCCUUUUGCCGAGAUUAUGGGCCUCGUUUAA